ACACAACAACUGGAUGCGGAGAAAUGCGCCCCCCAUUGCAUUCGCUGGUGUUUGUUGGCUUUUCCACGGUAUUUUUGGCAUCACUGUUCGGCAACUCAGUCAUCAUUCACAUUAUAAGAACAGACAACUCAAUGAGGACCACUACCAACUACUUGAUCAUCAAUCAAGCAUGUGCUGAUCUGCUGAUAUCAUUCGCAGAAAUAACGGGUGUUUUUUAUUACAGUUCAACCGGUAGUGUAUGGAUUGGAGGAAUUUUGGGUUUAAUUUUUUGCAAGAUGUUUGUAGCGAUCCAAUUCAUUUCACCCAACUUUUCAGUUUGGAUCCUUGGGAUCAUCGCCCUUGAUCGCUUCUAUGCAGUAACUCGACCAUUGCGAUUGUCACCUAUAUCUCAACAUUUUAAAAAAAUAAUUUUCUCUUGUUGGGCGUGGUCAAUUGCCUUCUCCUCAAAUUACCUUGUGAAACAAACCUUCAAAAAUGUUAAAGGAUAUUAUUACUGUGAUGUAACGACGUUAUUUGAUGAUUGGAAUACAUUUAACAAUAUUUCUUUAACUUUGAACGUUUUUCUGCCUCUUUCACUGAUGGCAGUUCUUUACACAAUUGUGUGCCUCAGACUUUGGUCUCGUGAAGUACCAGGUGAAGGAAACAAUCAGAAUGAAGAACAAGCAGCAGCUCUGAAAUUGGCGAGAAAAGUUACCCUGAUGAUGAUUAUCGUUGUGGUUUUAUAUGUGAUAUGUUGGCUCCCUGUGUAUAUGUCAGUCCUUUUGCGUUUUGUUGAUAGGGUUCAAGUAACUGACAGUUUGUUUCUGUUAACCAAUUUCUUAACGCUUUGCUACACUGGGAUAAAUCCUUACGUUUAUCUCACAUUUAGUCAGAAUUUUCGAAGCAGGUUCAGGGAGUUGUUCAAAAAAUUUUGUAGAAAAUUAAAGAUAUCAAAUGUUAUUGACUCUUUUCGGUCACAAAGCGUAGAGCUGGAACAAAUAUAAACGAGCGGUCAUUUUGUUUUUUAACAACGAAAACCUAGGCCUGCCUUACGGAGGACUAUUACGAUAACUGACAGAAAUGAACGAAAUGAUAAUAAAUAUUAAGGUCAGAAAAGAAAUAUCAUAUAAAACGUCUCAAACUAAAACAUAUUAAUAUAGCAUGUAAUAAUACAUGUAGGCUUGAGCAGUUUAAGUGAAGAACAGAUAUGAUUAAUAUUUAAUUUAGAAUAUAAGUCCAGGUGUGCCCUUUUCAGUUAAUAUCAUGUAUGAAACAAAGCAAUACGCUAUAUAUUAUUGAAAAGGGUUUUUGAGACAAAUGCAAUGUAAAACGUUCUCUGUCGGCCACUUUCUUUAUUUCUCUCGUGUUUUGAAUGACCGCCGUGUUUUAUCAUGAUAAAAUAACUGGCUUUAGUUUCCCUUUAUAAAAGUUGUCUUUAGUGGUUUUAAAAAUACAAAGAGAAGUUAAUUUUAAUUAAAGUAGGUUGUAAUGUAAACA